AUGCUCAAGAACUUCCGGGCCGAGCCGCACCUGCAGAAGGAGAACAGGGAGCUGCAGACGAUGCACCGCGCCUGCCUGAACAAUAAGGCGAACGCCGCCCUGCAGAUGGACCAGUGGCAGAGCGCCCUGAGGGCCGCGGAAGCCGCCCUCGCGCUCAAGCAGGACGACGAGAAGGCGCUUUUCAGGAAGGCCCAGGCGCUCGAGGGCCUGGGGCGCACGGACGAGGCCCUGGAGGCACUCGAGGAGCUGGAGCAGGUGGCUCAGGAUUUCGACGAGGACAUCAGAGAGGCCGUGCUCGACGACGUCAGGGAGCGUAGGGAGGAGAUCCGUGACAUCGAGCGCAGGGCCGCCAAGGAUUUCAACAACAUGAUCAAGGCCAUGGGCGACAAGGGCGUCUUCGGGGCCAACCGCUUCUUGCCGGAUGGCACAUCUCCGCCGCCGGCGCUCACAGGCGCACAGGAGCGCGAGCUGAAGAGGAUGAAGGACAGGCAGGAGUACGAGGAGGCCAGGUUGAAGCAUCUGCUGGAGCAGCGCAAGAAGGAGGACAAGAAGGACGGCAAG